GCCUGAGGGAGUACUUCAGCAAGUUCGGCGACAUCACCGAAGUGAUGGUGAUGAAGGACCCCACAACGCGGCGCUCCAGGGGCUUCGGGUUUAUCACGUUCGCCGACCCGGCUAGCGUAGAUAAGGUUUUAGCCCAAGGCACGCACGAGCUAGACGGUAAAAAGAUUGACCCGAAGGUUGCCUUCCCCAGGAGAGCACACCCAAAGAUGGUGACGCGAACAAAGAAGAUAUUCGUGGGCGGCCUGUCGGCACCUACCACGCUGGAGGACGUCAAAAACUACUUCGAGCAGUUUGGACCGAUCGAGGACGCGAUGCUGAUGUUUGAUAAACAGACCAACAGACACAGAGGGUUCGGUUUCGUCACGUUCCAGAAUGAAGACGUCGUAGACAAAGUAUGCGAGAUUCACUUUCACGAAAUCAACAACAAAAUGGUGGAGUGCAAGAAGGCGCAGCCGAAGGAGGUGAUGCUGCCGGCGAACCUCGCGAAGACGCGCGCCGCUGGCCGGGGCGCUUACGAUUUUAUGUGGUCGCUGGGGGCUUUACCAGAUGGGUUCUCCGCGGCCGCGUACGCCGCAUACGCGGCAGGUCGAGGUUAUUCGGGCUACCCGUCAUUCGGACUGCCGUACCCCACAGGCUUCGCGGGCUACGGAUACUUCCCUCCCCCCCAAAGCGCGGCCGCGGGCGAGCGCGCCGCCGCCGCCACCCCCGCCGCCGCCCCCGCGCAGCCCGCCGCGGCGCCGGCCUUCUACGACUACUCGGCGGCGGCGGCCGCGGCGCAGCACCACCACCAGCAGCAGCAGCACCACCACCAGCAGGCGCCUCUGCACCAGGCGGCGCACGGCCGCGAGCUGCCGCCUGCCGUGCAGCACCGCGCCGCCACACUGGACCUGACAAACGGCCAGCUGACACCCAACAACAACACGCCGCUGCUCACUCAGGCUCUGUCAGUGAUGAACAACUACCAGGCCGCGGCGGCAGCUGCGGCGCAGGGCUUCGGCCCUCCGGCGUCGCCACACGCGGCGCAUGCGCACCAGGGCUCGCGGCCUGCGCCCUUCCCGCCCGCCAACAGCCCGGGACCCAUCGACAUGUACAGCUCCAGCGACGGAUACGUGCAGGCCGCUAGCCCACAGCCCUCCGGCUUCCCGGCCAUCGCCGGGCCGCUCAUCCCAGCGGCGUUCACCAACGGCUACCACUGAGGCCAGCAGUAGACUCUCCCUGCUGCUGCUGCUGCCGCUGCCACUCCACUACAGGUUUUGGGUCACUGUGGAAACUCAGGUUGUCACAACGUGAACGAGUGCCGUCUUCUUCUGUUUCCUGCAGUGCACGGCCAACAGUGAAUGCACAUGCUGUUCAGACUCUAAUUCAGUAUAUACAUUAAAUUUGACCUGCCCUUCACAUUGGAGGCAUCAACAUUAUAUAUACAUAUAUAUAUACACACACACACACACGAUAUAUAUGCAUCAAAAAGAGAGACUCUGUUUCCGCCUGAAGGCUCUUACAUUCUUUAAACAUACUAUUAGCUAACCUUUGCGUGCUCAUUCACUUAAAAAUUUGAUGUUUCACUUUCUGAUGAAAAUGUGAUUAUUUGAAACCAUUCGUUGUAAUUUUUGGUUUCACAUUUCCGGACUUACAGGUUCCCAGAGAAGAUCUCUUAUUGUGUUAUCUUUGGCCUCUGAACUCUUGGACAUUUAGAUGAUUUACAAAAAUGGAAUAUGCACAUUCUUGAGCUUCCAAUUCAUUAUCAGCUAUCAGCAUACACUGACAUUUAGUUUUGUCAUUUCAUCUCUCAUUAUCAGUGUGUGACCAGUGCAUUAAAAAUCUGUAUUUUAAAACAAAAUUGCUCUCUUCUGUAUCCGAAGUACAGAUUCUUGAUACAUUAUGUUAGUUCUGUGGGAGUUCUGGCGGAAAAAUACUUGCUACUGUUAUAAGAAAUGAUUAAUGAUUUAUAAAUUUAAUUGAGAAAACGUUUUGUGACACUGUGGAGUGAUUGAGUAUGUCACAAAAUCAAAAUACUUAUACUUAUUGCAAAUGUUAAUCUAUAUUCUAGACAUAAAUACAGACAAAUAUAUUGAUAAGAACUAUUAUUACAGUUAUUAUUAUUAUUAUGAUAUACAUUAAUCAUAUUGUAUUAUACAUAUAUGCUCUUGGAGGACACUGUGGAUACUACUUUGUGUUUGCUGGAAAACAUUGUUUAUGCAGAACAUAAAUUACUCCAGUCUGCAACACUGAAAGAUCUUCAUAUGUCUUUCACGUUCUGGUAUUUUCUUGCAUGAUUUCCUUUGCCACAUGGCUGAAUUUUGGAGGAUAGUGGUAACUAUUGUAGGAAUAUGGCACUCAAAUUUUCCAUUUCCUUACAACAUGUAGCUUCACAUAUUUUGUUUGGUUUAAUCACUGUACAAAGUGCCAUUUUCUUUACAUCAUUCCUCCAUAGAACAAAGAAAUUUUCUUCAUAGAUUUGCACUUUGAUCAGUCCUUGAUAGCUUACAGGGUACUGCUAAUGAAAUGAAUUACAUUGUCACAUUAAAUGUAAUGGACCAAGAGUGCAAAUGACCACAGGACAUACACAUUGCAAAUAUUUUCAAGCAAUUGCACUAGGUCUAAAGCCAAUCUUUUCAGUACAGUUUUCAGUUUAUGUUCUAUCACAAAAUUUUUUAAGUAAGAUCAAUAGCGUGCAGAACUUGAAAUCAGUAAAGAGAAAUAUAAAAUUUAUGAAGUUAAAGAAAGUGAGGGCAGAUCUUUAACACAUCCUUCUUAAGGACAUGCUAAACAAUAUUAUAUAUUUUACAUUUAUAUACAUAUAUAUACACAUCUAUAUUUUAAUUCUUUUAACUUUUAUGCAUUUGUAUAUACAAAUAAUUAUUGAUGUUUUAAUAUGUCAUUAAGUGUAUAUCCUUGUGAUGGUGAUAAAUCACCAAAAUAUGCAGGGACAUGAAAUUAUGCUGUUUGUACAUAAUGAACAACAACAAAGGAUUAGAAAUAGUUUAGAAAAAUGUGUAGCUUCAUAUUACCCUUAGAUAUAUCGAAUUAGUGUGUAGCUAUUUAAUUGUUUAGAAUUAGGUAAAGUAAAUCACAUUUUACAUGGAAGUCCAUGUCUUUUCCUGAUCAGAGGAAGAAAACAAGACAUAAUAAUGUGUUUGAGAAGGUGUUGUAACACUUAAAGUAUGUAGUGUCAUUAAUUUCUUUGUGGUGAAUCAGUCAAGCAGAAAAUGACUUUGUUAAUAAAUAGUAAGCACACUAAAACAAAUUUUAACUGUCAUUUUGAAAAAUGAUGGGCAGAAGAUGUGAUUGAAGGUGUGAACUUUCGAUGGAUGUUGCACAUUAAAAGAGCAGAUAUCAUGUAUACAAAACAUUUUUAAUUUCUGUAUAUGGCAGAUUGAGGUGUGUGUUGUUGAUUUAUAAGGAAACACUGUUUCCUUCCUGUGUGUCACAUUUCCAUAACAAAAGACAUUUCAAAUGAAUAUGCAAUUAUGAUACCCAACUCAAGAUUUUUGUUAACAAUAAGAAGUAAUUGGCUCCUAUUAUCAGAAAUUUGCUAGUAAACAGCAGAUAUUAAUUUGUGAACAUUAAUUCCUAGAACAGCAAGGAGAGUAAAACACUAACUAAAAAGCCUCAUGAUUAGACACCACAAAUAUACACUGGAGGCUUAGAAACUGUAAGUCUCAUUGUUGCAAGAAUCAUAACUAUUUAUAUUUUAAUCCCGUAUGUAGAUUUGUUUUAGAAAUUUCUUGAAUUUGAGUUAUUCUAAAUAUACCUUUAUUAAAGUUCUGGUAUGCUAGUUUUAUUUUGAAAUUGGAAAAUGUAAUUCUGUCCCCUGUGAUACAGCAAUGACAUUAGACUCAUCAGAAUUUACCAUUUGUUGAAUUAAAUUUACACUGAAAUGAUGUUGCAACAAUGAAAGCUGUUAUUUUGAUUACAACUGCACCAGAACAAGGAAAACAUGACUUUGCAUUCUAUAUAUGUUAAAUGUUUAUGCCUUUAAGUUGUCAAAAUAACAUUUUAUUCCAGAGCAUUCUAGAACACUUAGUUGGCUACUGCAUUUUUGGCUCUACUUAAACCACAGUGGCCAAAGAAUCGUCAGUACAAAGAGAAAUGUUGUUAUUGAAGGCAUUACGGCCUACUGCAAGUAUUUUGUUUUACUCUGUAGUUCAAGGUGAUAUAGAAUGUGAAUGCGUUAUCAUGAAGUAAUGUAGAAAAAUGUGUGUCGGUAGCAAAAAUUGGGAUAUAUCUAUAUAUUAUAUAUAUGAGAAUUAUAUAUGAAAUGAUGAAGUGUCCUAAGAUAAUUAGUAAUUGCAUUAGUUUAUACAUAUGUCUCAUCAUGAUUCAUCAUUGGUUAAGAUGGAGACUUAUUUCAUCUUUUACUGUUAUGUGGUCUUGUGGUCCUUGUUUAUCAUCAUUUUAGUGUAGCACUUUGUUCCUGGUACACUCAGCUGCUAUGUGUAAGUGAAAUAUCAUCUCUUAAUUUCAGCUCAUUGUAACAAUUUUAAAGUGGACAAUAUGCAUGAAACAGGAAGUAAAGAAUAACAGAUAAUCACGGGACAAGUGUUGAAGGAAACUUUUGUUAUUCUUUUACUUGUUUACUAAAGCACUCAUAUUUGAUUUUUGUGUUGCAGAAAGUCUUGGAGUGCAAGUAAUCCUUUAAAUGUCUUUGGGAAGAGCUAUUUCUGAGUACUGACUGUUAAUAUUCAACCUGUUUCCAUCUAAUUUAUUUUUGUGUCUGUACAAGAACACAGUUAAUGUUCCUUGUUUCUAGAGUGAAGUUUAUUAGUAACAGUGUUUUAAUCAGUAGACAUCUCCAAAGCAAUACAGUGCUGCAGUGCUGUGGCAGUACUCUUUAACAUAAAUCCUGUAUUUUGAUACCAUGAAAUUGUUAAUAAAAUAAAAAUUGAAUAUGUAAAAUAAAAGUCUGUGUGAAGAGAAUAUUUCUUUGAUGAGAUUGAAAGAUAUUAUUGAGGUUGGUAUUGAAGAUGUGUUAUAAUAAUAUAGAAAACAUUUUUAAUAUAAAGCCAAAUGAUGACUGCUUCUUAAUACACCAUCUAUCUUUUUGAUAGAUUUUUGUAUCAUAAUGUAUGAAUUUUAAGAGCAUUCAGUGUUUUUGAAUAGAAGAGUGUAUGUCAAUACAGAUCACUUGUAAAGAACUGGACUUUACAUUCAGAAAGUGUGGAUGUGUGCAUGUCUGCGUUCUUAAUUCUUACAGACUGAUAUUCAGAAAAGCAAUAAUAAUAUGGUAAUUAUUUAAACCCCAUGUAUGAAAAAUCUUUGUACUUCUAUCACAGCAAUGCUAAUGCUUAGCUUCUGCCUCAGUAUUGUUGUUGAUGUGUACUUUAAUCUGGAAAUCACACUGCGCUGUUUGAAAAAAUUGUCUUAAGCCUUCUGUACUCAGCCAGGUUGUUAUGAGCUUCCGAAAUAGUGCAUUAGUUCAAAAAUAAGUGAAAAAUGACACAUGUGAUAGUUUUGUGUCUGUGACAUUUGUGUGGUGAUGUUGACAGCAUUCACAUAGCUUUGUAACAGUGACAACUGUGUCUCUCCUCCUGAUUCCUGUGUGGAGUAAUACAUGAAUUCUAUUACUUUUUGUAAUCAGAUUAUUUGAUUUAUGUGUAACUAAUAAGUGAUACAGUUCGUCUUAGUUUGAGGGAGGGGUGUGCACCACAAACCUUACUAGCAGGACAUACAAUCUGUGUCAGCACGUUCUGCAGUUAAAUGAUGUGAAAAUUACAGAUGUAGUAGUAAUGAAACUUAAGUGCAUGAACUACAUGUACAGAAAUGUACUAUAUUUUGCUGUGUUCACAUUACGCAUACUGAAACAAAGCUUUAUGUACAAAAGCAUUCAUCAUUUGGCUGGAACUGUUUUGUACACAAUUUCACACACACACAAUAAUCAACACACACAUAUUAUCCAUCUACACCAAUACACUCUUUGACCCAGCUGGGCAUGUCUUCCGUAGUAGGCAUGCAGUUGAACUAUUAUGUUAAUAUAUCCCUUUUAUCACAUGUUGUUGUGAUUAAUAUACUGUUUACACUAUGGUAUUAUGUAAAAUGUAUGUUAUUAAUGGAUAGAAGUGUUACCUCUUUGUUAUGAAAAUACAAUGUAAUAACCAAACUGAAUGUAACAAUUAAGUGAAGUAUGUAUGCUUGUGUUACUUGUGUGUGCAGUUGUCAUACAUGCAUUACAUAGAACAAAUAUAGUUGUAAUUGUCAUUUAUGUUAUAAGAACACUGCUUCUUCACUGAAGCUGUUGUAUUGAAAUUUAGUGUAUAAACAAAUUUUCAAAAGAGAAAGAGAAAUAUAUCCAAAUAAUUUGAAUAAUUACAAAAUAACCAAAUUAUCGUAUGUAUUACAAAUGGUGGUAAUCUAUCACGUUUAUUCAUAAUAAGGGUAAUUGGUUAACUAUACACUGAAACACACACACACACACACACACACACACACACACACACACACACACACAUACACAAACACAAACAAACACACACACAGAGCACACUGUUAUGGUGGCACAUAGAAAUAUUACAUUUGUUGAUCCAUGAUACUGCAUAGGUAUCAAUACUCCAAGCCAAUGAACACAGUAAGAAAUUAAAAUUCGAUAAAAUAUUGAGGAUGCUACUAUUUGCUUAUUGUUAGGUUGUAAACAUGAAAAUAUUUAUUUCCUAUUUUGGAAUUAAAUUGAACUUAGCAUGGACUGAAAGAAACCAUGACUCAAAGAAUAUCAUUGAAAGUACUUGGUAGUAACAGCAAAAUUUUGUACACUUUCAGACAUUCUGCACUCCCAUAUAGUUUUUGGUAGAUGGAGUAUUGAUUAUCUUCGUGACCAAGGACUGCUAGAUUGCGAGUACAUUUAGUACUACUGAGUAGGCUAGAAACUGUUUUGCCUGUAUGCAGGCACAUAACAAGACUUCAUGACAGAGUUUCUACCCACAUUUAGGUUACAACAACAUUUUUUCAAAUAAUUUUGUUAAAUUAAUGUGUGCAUCACAAACAAGUGAAACAUUGAUAACACAGAGAACAGAAUUGUAAAGAAUAUGAAAGCUAGUAGAAUUUUCUGAAAUCAGCUCUUUUCAUUUCUCACUGAUUUAAUUUAAUAUUAAAAACUGAUGUAAAAUGUUUAAAUUUGAAAUUUGGCUGUAGAGGUACAGAAUUAUACUUUGAUUUACUAUCAAAAAUAUUUUGGACAGUUCACAGCUCUACAGAAAUUGUGCUGUUGGUAAAAAGGCAGUUAUAUGUGUAGUAUUAAAAUAUUUUGUAAGGUCAUGUAUUCCAAAUCCCAUCCCUUGUAUCCUUCUUUACCAUUACUUUAACCCCUCCAAUGAAUCAAGCCAGAAAACUGACGAUUCAGUGUCAACAUUUAAGAUUUAUGUGGCGAUUGAUAUGUUUAUUUAUAAUCUCUGUAGUGUCAUAUCUGAUGCUACAUUCAGUAAAUAUGACCUUUCCAGUAUACUGUAGUUAUUGACUUUUGGUUCAAUAUGAAAGCCAGAAACACAUGAAGCCAUAACCAGUCAAUUCUGUAUCAUUUAUUACUGACAUACAUCAGUUUUAAACUCACACAUGUCAAGUUCUCUGUUUAACAAAAAUAUUUAUUAUGAAACAGGUUAUCAAACUGAAAUGAUUUUUUUAAAUGAUGAGUUGCUGCACACUCCUUCAUUUUUUUCAUUUUUCACAGGCAGAUUUGUUAUCUUUACAUCUCCACAUCAUCAUUUAAAUAUAGUGCUGAAGCACACAACAAAAAUGCUCACUUGUUAUAGAAUAGAUAUGAAAUAAAAAUCAAAUCAAUACUAACGUAUGUCCAUUAUCAUAAACUAAAAGAAAUGAAAACUGCUGGGAUUAGCCUUCCUACGUUUAAAAUUUAAGGGAGUUCAGAAAAUUGUUAUAUUUCAUUGUAAAUCAUACCACACUUUCAGGUAUGACCUAGACAUGGUAUCCCUUUUCUUAGAGAGGCAGAAGGAAAAUCUCUACAUAUCAGGUGUGUCAUUAAAAUACUUAAGUUAUUGUUCGAUUUGCCUUUACAGCACAAAUAGCAGCCGUUAAUGUUAGACUGUAUUUAUUUAUUGUUGAAGUGUUAUAAGAUUUGCCUCUAGAUGGGAAACAUGAGCAAUACCAAGGUCAUGUUUAUAUUUCAGUUCUUCUGCAAAUCCUUUUUAUUGAUUGACCUUGUAAGGAAGUCAUCAGAUAAACUAACUGAAUAACACUUCCCUUGAUUUGCAAUUUUUUGAGAAGGAACAAUACCAGAAAUAUAAUACAAUCCAUUCACUUUGUCUGCCUGCCUUUUGACAACAACUUUUGUAACCGCUUUUAUGAAAUGUUAGUCAUUUUUAUUAAAUGAAGCAGCAAAAUCGUCCAUGGAAGUCGAGCUACAGUUGAGAAGGGAUAUAAUAGAAAUAGAUCAAAUUCGUUUGUGUUGUUAUAAAAUAAAUUUUAAAUCUUUGUGAAAGCUAUUUUAAAACAAAUUAAGUGAAAGCUAGCUUAUUCUGUAUAAUUUUAUUGAGCAUCACAUGCCUCUGCUGUGCAAGACUUGCCAGGAGUUGGAACUAUUUUAGUACAACUUGAUAUAAAUUAAUUCAGAAACACAUUUUACAGAAAUAUGUUUUAUCUCCCUCCAAGCUGAAAUAUAUUAUUGAAAACAGAGUGUUCAAGCUUACAUGGUGAGAAAA